CCCUAAACCCUCUAGGCUUCCUUCCACACUGUUAUAUACUCGAUUAGAUUACACACACUUCGCUCUCAGUCUCAGCUCGGUGCCUGAGUGCCUUUGCCUUCCUUAACCAAGAAGCAUAUAGCCACUGAUUGGUGCGCCUCCCUGCGGCUCCCAGCCUCAGCGCGAGUAUAAAAGCGCAGAUAGCUGCUAGUGCCAUAAAGAGUGAGUGAGAAACUGAGAACGAGUGGCUGCUUUGAUAGAUAGGGAUAGCGGCCAUGGCGGUGCAGAGGGUGGCGCUGUUGUACUUGCAGGUGGCGGCGGUGGCGGUGCUGCUGACGGCGACGGGGCUCCGCGCGCAGCUGCGGGUGGGCUUCUACGACAGCUCGUGCCCGGCGGCGGAGAUCAUCGUGCAGCAGGAGGUGAGCAAGGCGGUGGGCGCCAACCCGGGCCUCGCCGCCGGCCUGCUCCGCCUUCACUUCCACGAUUGCUUCGUCAGGGGGUGCGACGCGUCGGUGCUGAUCGACACGACCAGCGGCAACACGGCGGAGAAGGACGCCGGGCCCAACACCAGCCUGCGGGGCUUCGAGGUCAUCGACCGCAUCAAGGCGCGCGUCGAGCAGGCCUGCUCCGGCGUCGUCUCCUGCGCGGACAUUCUCGCCUUCGCCGCCAGGGACAGCGUCGCGCUGGCCGGCGGGAACGCGUACCAGGUCCCGGCGGGGCGGCGGGACGGCGCCGUGUCGCGCGCGUCGGACACGAACGGGAACCUGCCGCCGCCGACGGCCAACGUUGCGCAGCUGACGCAGAUCUUCGGCACCAAGGGCCUGACGCAGAGGGACAUGGUCGUCCUCUCCGGCGCGCACACCAUCGGGUCCUCGCACUGCAGCUCCUUCAGCAGCCGGCUGUCGCGGUCGGGCACCACGGCGGGGCAGGACCCGACCAUGGACCCGGCCUACGUGGCGCAGCUGGCGCGGCAGUGCCCGCAGGGCGGGGACCCGCUGGUGCCCAUGGACUACGUCUCCCCCAACGACUUCGACGAGGGCUUCUACAAGGGCGUCAUGGCCAACCGCGGCCUGCUCUCCUCGGACCAGGCGCUGCUCAGCGACAGGAACACCGCCGUGCAGGUCGUCACCUACGCCAACGACGCGGCCACGUUCCAGAGCGACUUCGCCGCCGCCAUGGUGAAGAUGGGCUCCGUCGGCGUGCUCACCGGCAGCAGCGGCAAGAUCAGGGCCAACUGCAGGGUCGCCUGACCGGUCGUUUUGGGCCAUGAAUCCGUCACUAGCUUGUGUGGACUUGUAGAUUGAUUGAUUGGUUUGGACCGGACGCGGUAGCUAGCAUAGCUUGGUUGCAACCUGUAUGUACGCUAUGUACUCUGUGCGUGAAUGGCUGUGCAAGACCUCUGUAUUAUUUUGAUGAUUCACCUGUAUUCUUUUUUCCCCUUCUCCA